AUGCAUUGGUGUGAGGAUAAAGUGUGGAGAGCUGCUGUGGAAUCAGUCGGUGGAGGGAUGAACGAAUGUGUGAAUGGGACGGUGUUGGAUAAAGACGUGUUGAUAGGCGAAUUGGUGAAUAUUUCUGACUGGACGGUCGGAGAGGAGGCUAUUGGUGAGGAGGAUCACGAUGGAAGCAAGGUCCUUUGGUCUGGCGCAAAAGUAGAACCCGCAGAUCCAGUCCAGCACGCUUCCCAAAUUGACUUGGUACCGCAAUCGUGCCCCAACGACUCUGACAACGCCUCCUCCCGACGGUACGCCCGGAGACCUCUUCGCGCAGCUCCACAGUUUCCGCUCCAAGACCGAGCCACGGAGCGUUCAAUUCGGGCAUUUGUUCCAGCUCACUUUUCCUGUGAACGGACAAAGGGCCACUGGAAGACCCGCAUUUAUUCCAUAUUCCCUAUUCUGACGCUUCGUCUUAAUUCGCCUCAAACGUGUGCCAGCCUCGUCCUGACAGCGUUGGCCUUGUUCAAUCGGCCGGUUCCGCCGGAGAUCCUCGAUUCAAUUCGAGCCCGUUCGCAGACUCGUCUGAAGGCUCUGGAUUCGACGGUCGUUGUAGACACCGAGUGGACUCGAGCCAGGCUCGAAAGAGAUCCGCGCACUGACGAAAGCGAAACUCAUUUUGCAUUCAGCCUCUGA